AUGCCGAGUUCAGAGCCCUCUAUCGUGCUUCCCAGAAGAGAUGAUGGACCUGGUAGCUCUGAAAGUCCCACCGAUGAGUCGCCCACAAAGUCUGUUUGCAUCAGCUUGCCCCAAACCUUUGCAGUUAGAGCCUUUGGCUCUCUUUUUGUUCAGUUGGCGUUUUUCAGCAUCUUGGUUGUAUCUAGGUGCAUUCCUAUUGCUAUUCGACAACCAGGAGAAGGCUCCCUUGAACCAAGGUACCAGUUUCUAUUCGCAGUGUUAGCUGGUCUAGUUUCACUGCUCAUAUCCGUGCCUGCAACCUCGACGCUGCGAAUCGUAUACCUGAAGAAGAUACAGGCUGGGCCGACUAUCAGUCGCAUGCCCGAGAAGAACAGCGCUGUUGUCGGUAUCGCAUCACUAUAUGAUACGUUCAGGUACUUGCACAUUACUGUAGGGUUUCUCAUUGUGAGCAUCGUAUCGGCGUCGUUCAUAUUGGUUGUGACGCCGUCAAUGCAUCCGUUCGAGCACGAUAUCUCUACAUGGUUCUUUCCAAAUCACACCAGAUACUCAGCGGAGGGCCAGGGCUCUUGUUUCACAGAUGGUGGUGUCGGUUCUGUCGAAGGGCUGGUAUGGAAGUUGGGCAAUGGGUCUGCCAUUGGACUGAACGCCACGGCCGAAUGUGAACUACAGAAAGUCCUCCCCUUUCUUUCCCAAAGCAAUGCCUUUUCCAUAGGAGAGGAUAGAGAUCUUGUGUAUAGCAUGGGAGGUGUUCCAGUCAACAUCACCGCCAUGGGGGUACCGUACGAGGUGCCGUAUGAGGCCUUCGCAGGAGCCUUUGGUCUGCGAACUUACAACCAACCGACGGGAUUCUGGUCAGAGCUAGAGUCUGUGUCAAUCUGUCUUCCAGUACUUGCUACCAAUCCAGUGUCUUGUCGCCAAUCCGGAAACGUCACCCAGUCUGGGAAGAACUUGAUCGUGUCCUCAAAUGGAUGCACAGCAACUUCAACCUACUCCCGCGCAGAGGAAUCGAGUUCAGGUGCGACAGUCGCCGGUAUCUGUGCCGGACCACAAGAAGGUACUUCUACGAUUGUCAUCGGAGCUACAGGAAGUCAUGCCGACGAGCUGGAGAAGACUGUUAUUGGAGCAGGUAAGGAAAAGAGCGGCCAUCUCGCGAUUACCUGCUCUGUCAAUAUCCAGCCAUCGAUUGCGAUUCGGCGUCUCAAGCUACUGCGGUACCCUCGAAAAUAUCUGAAGAAUAUGAACUACAACUUCCACUUCGUGGUCACGGCUGACAAGUCAAAAACCUCGCCCUGCAAAGGGAACAUCACGGUUUCUUCGGUAUCGACAUCCACAGCCUUGGUUGCUGGCGCUGCCGCGUCAUUGCAACUUCUUCAGGAGCGAAGUCACAAAGACGGCUACCUGGAAACACUCCUCGCGGCACGAUAUAAUUGGGGUGAGUGCCAGGGACAAUGCAAUGACUUGGAGAUGGCUUUGUGGGUGGCCAGCGCCAUGGGAAUCGGCACGUAUUGGGGUUCGGGACAAGAUGAUGACGGCCCGAAAGUGUUGGAGGAGGGCGUGUUUGACCUGGAGGGCGUGAGGAUCGGCCCCGAACAGUGGUGGGCUUGUUUUUAUCUGACUCCGUUGUUGUUUUCUAUUUUGGCUCUUGUUUGGUUGCUCUUUGAGACUCGUCGUCAGUGGUUGGUGGAGGUUAGGUCUUGGAUGUCUUGGAUGCGAGCUCGUAUAUUUCGGUACAAGUGGUGGAAAUAG